AUGGAGCUAUCCUGGCUAUUUACUUUGUGCCAGUGCGUCGUCUCAGCAGCAGUGACUGGCGUGAGUGUGAGGUUGUGUAUCACAGUCAGCGGGUCCAAAUCACAUCUCCAGGAUCGGACCAAACCACGGAGCGUGUCCCACUGCUUGCUUCUCUGCCUGGGAUGGGUGGGAGCUGUAGGGGGUGUACUUGACAUCCCCAUGACUGUGUUUCUUAACCUCAGAACCCAACAGUGUCUGUACACCUGCAUAACAUUGGUGUGCUGCCCCCUUCUGGUCAGGCAAUUCACCAUGUGCCUCCUCGUGAUGAUCACGCUGAACUCACACAUGCAACAUCGCCUAGCCGACAGAUACCAGACGGUGAUGAACCACCGCAGAGCGUUGUGUGCGGUCCUCCUGUGCUGGGUGGGUUCCAUCCUGUCCUCCUUCGCACAGUUCAUCAGCACAGAUGGUCUCACGACUUGGAUGAACAGGCAGAAUCCGGGCACCUCUGGACUUGAAGUGGAUGGCAACCUCACAACUCCAUCGCCCACAUAUGAGCGCAAAGUCAUCGGAAGAUUCCUGCCGUAUGGGGGGUUUCUGUCCAAGUUUUACAUGGAGGACAUGCACAACUUAACUUACCUUGAAAUCCACCGCAGCCAUAUGGGUGUGUGCGCACCAGACACACUGCUAAGCCCGGAAUUUUUAGUGUAUGUGCAGGGGACGAUGGUGUUCAUGCUCCCCUUGCUCUGCCUGGUGGCCGUUUACCUCGACCUUCUGUGCAGAAAGCCCAAUAAAGGACCUUUUAGUCAAGCAGACCUCUCUGAACACGACUCCAGGGUCCGUUCUGUGGCCCUCUCCCUCACCUUUUUAGUUCUGCUGUCAAUGCCACUGCAUAUUCUCCACACUCUGUUGCUGUAUAGCCCCAGCACCAGGCUUCCAAUCUGGGCUCACGCAAUGGCCACGUUCCUCUUCCAGCUGUACAGUCUGGUGCCACAACUGCUGUUUACUCCUCCGAGGAAGAAAGUGAGUGACAGACAGGCAUCAUUUCCUCUGUCGGUUCCUCACCUUCCAGCCAUGGGGAAAUGUGUCCCGAAAGCUGUGUGUGAGGCCAUGCAUGUCACUCCCUGGUUUUCUGAUAAACACUCGCUGAAAGCCAAGGUUUGCCAGCAUAAUGUCUGA